AUGAAACUCUACCUUUCAUUAGAAGAGGGAACCGAAGUAAAUAUGGGACCAGAUAAUACUGUAUUGGAAGAAUUUGAUCCGUUAAGGCAAAAGAAUAACACAUCUCUAACAAAUAAGAAAAACAUACACGAGAAUUCAUUAAAGGUAUCUAAUAUAAUACAAGAAAGCUCCUAUACCAACAACAUUACACAUAAUUCAAAUAAAAACAUAGAGGAAGAGACAGAUAAUGAAACUAGGGAUAUUAAUGAUACAUAUAUUAAUUUCAAAUUGUUUAUAGAACAGUUAAGACACCAACAAGCAGAUCCAAUAGUUAGAUAUACAAAAUCCUUUUUACAUAAUUUUUGCACACAAAGACCAUUAUGGACCGUCAAGGAACAAGUUAAAUUGAUCAAUGAUUUUAAGAUAUUUAUAUUUAAUAAAUUUAAAAUAUAUGAACCGUUUAAAUCAUUAGAUUCCAAGGGAUUUAAAAAUGCACAAGAGGGGAUGGAGAAAUUAAUUAUGGGAAAAUUAUAUUACCAUUGCUUUUCACCUCUGUUGAAAAGAAGUUUAAAAAUUGAUAUAGACAAGGAACAUAGACAAGAUUUGAUCGAUGAUAUUAAAUUUACCAAUAAAUGUAAAGAAUACAGAUUCAUUGAAAUCCAACAUUUGGAAAAUGAUAUUGAGAUCGAUAAAAUCCCCUAUAUGAAAUUGAAUAAAUUUGUAGAAUUAGGUUGUGAUGAAUUGAACAAAAUAAAUAGAUUUAAGUCACCAAGAGAUAAAAUACUUUGCAUAUUAAAUUGUUGUAAAGUGGUAUAUGGAUUGUUGAAACACAUAGCAGAUUCUGAUACUCAAGGAGCAGACAAUUUUAUUCCAUUAUUGAUAUAUAUUGUAUUAAGGAGUAAUGUAAAGCAUUUAAUAUCCAAUAUUAGGUACAUAAACAGGUUCCGUUAUUCAGAUUUGAACACAGGAGAAGAAUUAUAUUAUUUGAGUAGUCUUCAAGGUGCAAUUAAAUUUAUUGAACUGAUGACAUCUGAAUCAUUAAACAUAUCCAAUUUAACUGAAUUUAAUCAAUUAUAUAAUGAAAAUCAAUUUAAAUUGAAAGAGGAGAGGGAAAAAGAAAAAAAAAAGGAAAAAGAAAAACAACAGGAAUUACAGAAGAAUCAAGAGUCUUUAUCUGUAUCAUUAGAUGAUUUAACAACAUCGAUGGCUACAAUGUUUAGUGACCUUAUAUCUUCAUAUACUUCAAAUCAAUCAGAAAAUAGCAAUACCGAGAAUGAAAAUGGAGACUCUACACCGUCGCCACCUGUAUUAAAACAAAUAAGUACAAAAGAAGAAAGAAUGGAAGAAGAACGAGCAAUUACCAAAUUAAUAAAAAAAUUGGAGACUAAAGAAAGACAGGAAACUUUGAAACAUCUUACAUCAAUGUUCCCAGAUUUAGACAAAGAAAUAAUUAAAGAUGUUUGCGUAGCUAAAAAAUAUAAUAUAGGAAAAUGCGUUGAUUCGUUGUUAUCAUUAUUUAAUUAG